GCAACAUUCAUGUCAAAUUUGUGUUUUAAAAUGAUGAAUAUUAAUUGAUUUUAGAUUCGUAAGCUAAAAAUUCAAUAUUCUUCAUGAGUUGUAUACCUUUCGAAACAUAAAGUGCACAUCCAUUUUUAUAAUUCUCUUCUAAGUAAAUUUAUUAAAUGAGACAUUUAAUUAACAAUGAGUUAUUGGUUCUUGAAAACCUGUGUAAUUUUAAAAGCAUUUUGCCUUUGUUUUGGUCUAAACAGAGAUGAAAUUAUAUUUCACUAUAACAAUACAUAUAAGUAUAAUGAGCCAUAUACAGUUGCAGUCAGUAAAAAUACAGAAUUCAUAAUGGAAUUUGGUGGUGACUUUGAAGCUUAUGAUACACCAGCACGGGUGACAGUUGCAAGUGAUUUUGCCAAUCAAACAUACCCAUUGUUCAUAACAGCGAGGCAACAGAAAGGUGUGUUUUCAUGGCAGUUACCAAUGACAGUGCAAACCCUCAAUGGAUUGGAAAAGUUUACAAAUAUAUCAAGGACACUCUGUCCUCACAAUAAUAUAUUUUCAGAGGAUGAAGACACAUGCCUCAGUGACAAAUGGAUAAGGGUGUACUGCGGGCCUUUGAUACAUAUGACAUCUCUAAACACUCCAAUUGUCCAUCUUACAUCUUCAUCUCCGGAUCCUAUCAGUGUUACCAUACUAGUUGAGACUGUUGAAGAUUUUUACAUAAAACUCAACACAACAACAAAUUUAACCAGUACACCAAGCCAGCCUAAAUAUUAUUUUUACCCAUUUGAUCAACGCAAAAAUAAAAUGAUUGAUAUGGCAACACCGACAGAGAGAAAGAUGUAUCUCUGCUCGGGUGAAAAGGGUCUUUUGAACCGUAAUAUGGACAUAGACUUUGAAUGGUUGUCAAAACCAAAAAGUGUUAUUUUAAUGAUUGAAUCCGAUGAUGAUAUUUGUGCUCUUGUUUCGAUACAGAAUUUCGCGUGCCCAGUAUUUGAUAACGAAAGAGAUAUAUUGUAUGACGGAUAUUAUCUCACCAUGACUAGACGCGGUGGAAUCACGCUUACUCAAGACAUGUUCCCGAUAGGUUUUUACAUAGUUUUCAUAGUGAAGACUUCGGAUGAGGACUGUAGUGGUCAAUCGGUGUCUAAUGCAACUUUACCAAAAAUGGCUCAGUAUUUCGGAUGGGACGACAAAGUGAGUGUACCAACAAAUGAUGGCAGAGUAAAAAGUUUUAGUCUCCGUGUGAUUGAGACAAUAUCAUAUAGAGAAUAUAUGAUAGCUGCCGGAUCAGCUCUUGGGUUUUUUCUGUCUUUCUACAUAGCUUUCAUAAUAGUGAUUGUAUGUCAAAGACGAAGACGAGAUCAGGAAACACUUCUGCCCCCAAUGACGCCGCACGACAAUUCGCAAGUGUCGUAUAUCAGACAAACGCUAGAUGGCAGUAGCGGAAGUCGAUACUGCGCAGGCGAUCUACGCACUAAGACAGAUGGCAGUUCCUCAUCCGACACUGAUUCCGAUUUAUCGACUGUGGACGAUGUAAAUACUGAAAGUAAUUUAUACUUGCAAGGAAAUAAGCUGUGUGUCGCGAAUCUUUCUAGAUGCCGUCCACGUGUGUUGUCAGCGAGGUCUAAAAUGUACCUUUGGAAUGUUUUGACUGUCGCAGUGUUUUAUACGUUACCCGUAAUACAACUCGUCAUUACGUAUCAAAGGCUACUUAACCAAUCGGGAAAUCAAGAUUUGUGCUAUUUCAACUUCCUAUGCGCGCAUCCGCUUGUGGUCCUAUCUGACUUCAAUCAUGUGUAUUCAAACCUCGGAUACAUUUUACUGGGAUUCUUAUUCCUCAUAGAAGUAUGGAAUCGUCACAGGAAAUAUGUGGAUGUCAAUCUCGGUAUACCGCAGCACUUUGGUCUUUUAUACGCGAUGGGAAUUGCUCUGGUCAGCGAAGGUCUUCUCUCUGCUGCGUACCACGUGUGUCCCAAUAGCAUGAACUUCCAAUUUGACACGUCGUUCAUGUAUGUUACGAGUGUGCUGUGUAUGGUGAAGAUAUACCAAUCGCGACACCCGGACAUCAAUGCGCGGGCGCAUGCCACAUUUGGCGUUCUUGCUUUGAUUAUAUUUAUUGGGUUGGUUGGAGUACUAAACGCUAAUUUCUACUUCUGGGUGGCAUUCACCGUACUUCAUCUGGUCACUUGCUUGGUACUCACCUUCCAGAUAUAUUAUUUGGGCCGGUUUCGAUGGGAAGGGGCCGUGAUAUACAAAGCGCUGACCGAGUUCGUUCGGCAACCGUUGGCAGCCGUUACGCCCACGCAUUGUGGAAGGUGUGUGUUGCUGGUCAUCGCCAAUCUUGGCAACUGGGCGAUCGCUGCCUAUGGGGUAACUCAACAUAGUCGCGACUUUGCGUCUCAUCUUCUUCUAGUGCUGAUGAGUAAUCUGUUCCUUUACACUCUUUUCUACAUCGUUAUGAAACUCUUGCAUCGCGAAUCGAUUCGAUGGUAUAGUUGGGUGUUCAUCGCUUUGACAUAUACAGUGUGGUUCAGUUCGAGUUAUUUUUACCUUGAUUUGAGCACUAACUGGGCGCUGACACCAGCGCAAUCUCGACAGAAUAACAAGGUCUGCAGUCUCUUACAACUCUACGAUUCUCACGAUAUUUGGCACUUUAUGUCUUCUACGGCUAUGUUUUUCUCGUUCAAUAUGUAUCUAACUAUUGACGACAGUCUCUCGCAUGUGCCCAGAGGGGACAUUGCCGUGUUUUAGGGGCCAUUUUUGAGUCCCAAGUCUACAGAAAUUGAGGCUGUCUAUGUUUACGUGUAUUUGCACAGAUAUCGAAAUUGUUUGCUUGUUUAUGAAUUGUCAAUUGUUUUUUUCCUUAUAAUAAAAAAGAGGUUUGUUCACUUGGCCUACGAAUUCAGACGUAGGAUAUAAGCGCAGACGGACCAGGACUUCGUGUCUGCCCCCCCAGUUCGGUUAAUAGCUGGGGGAGCUGGCGUUGUUCUCCGCCUCUCUUGCUCUCGUAGUUAAGAUUACUGGAGGAAUACCAGCCACGCCACCAACUGGCAAUUUGGGUCCCAGAAAGUUUGUCUCAGAGCGCCAGAGAACUGUGUUUGUGUUCUACCCUACAUCUGAAUUUGUUGACUUGACUUAGGUCCGUGUGCAACUGUGUAUCAGUGUUUAUUCAUUCAAUACUAAAAUAGACAGUGUCUCUAAUAAUAAGGUUCAAGCAGACAUUUAUGAGUCCAUAUGGUUAUUAUUGUGUAUCUAUAUUUAGACAUAUGAUUGAAAGGAAUUUGUGUGAUUUAACUAUAAAUUAGCAAACUUUGUAUAAAUUAGCUUAGAUCUUUACGUUAAUGCCACAUGUAGAAUGGAUAUUGACACGACUUAGAAUACAUUCACUGAAGUUUUUGCUCUCUUCUAUAUAAUAGUUAUUUAGCGUAAGAUAAUAACAAAAAAUAAUGGUUUGCGAAAUUGAUUGCACUUUGGUAGUAUUUCCAUAAACAGGAUAUUCUUCAACGCUAUUUUAAAAAGUUCUCUCUAUAACAGCCUAAAUACAAUUUGACAGAAAGAAACGAAACAUUACUUUAGAAGGAGUGUUUUUAGUUUUUAUUCAAAAAUUCCGUAUUCUUGUGUAUCCUAGAAUUUGUAGUAGCAAAUUGUGAUACAGUUUGUCUAAGUAUGCACAUCUAACCAGAUGUUCGUGUGUAAAUUACGUAAAUAUAUUUGCGUUUUUAAACACCAAAUACACUAAACGUGUGUCAUUAAAAUUUGUUUGUUGUGUAAAUGAUGUUUUGUGUUAAGUCAAAUCCAUGAUCUCAAAUAUUCCCUUAAAAUUAUAAAUGAGUGUCUUAUUAAGUGUCUUUUAAACUAUAAUUGUGCUGAUACUGUUGCUGUUUAGUUACAUAUAUAGAAGUUAGUCCGUCUGUCUUAAUCGUUACUAAGACGAAAUUUAUAGCUUCGACUCCCGGCAAAGCGGUAAUUUCGUGAGGCACAGAAGACUGACAUAGUUUGUGGCUUGAAAAAUAUAAAUUCCUAUAUUUAUUUACGUUAAAUAUUGAUUUAAAAAUUUACCUAAUGUUUUUUGUAAUUUAAAUAUCGUUUAUAUAGUAUAUAAUUAGUGUUAUUGAUUUGUACUGAGCGUGCUAUGUAGAUUUACGUUCAAAAAUGCUUGUAUUGUGUUUUAGUAUAUUGUAUUAUGAAUUUUACUAGUCUGUAAAUAUAAUGCUAUUUGUA